UUCUAAGAUCGCCGCACCGGGACGCUAAAAGUGGCGUUGCUGAAAAGUCAGCACCAAUCUGGGGUUGGAACAUUCCAUUUUAAGGGUUGGCGGAGAUUAAGUUAAGCUUUGAAUAUUCUUUCCCUUGAUUUGAUUAUCAUCCAACAAUAAACGUCUGUCUUUUCCUACUUUACUCCGUUCCAAUCCUCAAUCUGCGGCUCCGAUUUGAAUUCUCAGUUCUCGGUGAUGAAAUUGAACUGGGUUAGAUUAUUAUGUCUCCUUAUUCUACUCUCCGGUUUAUAUACUACCGCCAGCAACUUCCUAGAUCUAGAAACUUGGGCGCCACCAUCAAGGACCGACUAUAGCAUUAGCAGCGUCGAUCGAUCGCCGUCUAGAAGGUCUCUUCUGUCGUCCCCCUCAGAAGGGGAUACUGCCUUGGUGGCUGCCCUGGAUGGAACAGUACACCUAGUGGAGCCUAAAUCUGGGAAAACAUUCUGGUCAUUUGCAUCAGGAUCAUCGAUCUAUUCAUCAUAUCAAGCUUCAAAUCAUGAUUAUGAUUCAGAACAAGCUUCCCAAAUGGAUAGUUUCCACAUAGAGUGCGGGGAUGAAUGGGAUUUAUAUGUCCACAGCGCUUUCGGCAAAUGGAAACUUCCAAUGAAUAUUGAAGAAUUUAUCAGUACACUGCCAUAUGUUGCAGAAGAUGGAGGAAUUAUCCUUGGUUCUAAACAAACCUCUGUGUUUCUUAUCGAUGCAAAGACUGGAAAGGUGAUUUAUAAUUACAGGCUAAAUGAAACUCCUGCUGCUGGUGAAGAGACACUCCCUGUGAAAAGUAUGGUGAAGCCUGGCGAACUCCCCCUUUACAUCACCAGAACAGAUUACACGAUUAAGUCCUUUUAUCGUAACUCGGAUAAAGUCGUUUGGAAUAUGACAGUAGCCGAGAUUGGAGCUGCUUUCCUUUGCGAGGAAAAUGCGGAGAAUUUGGUUGCUGAACCUGGUCUUCGUUUUAAUAUGCCAUUGCCUUGUCAAUCAAAGGCCAUUGUGUAUCGCUUUCGGAAUCAUAACAUGCUCGGUCCAUCCUUCAACCCUCAUAUGCUACGUGAUGAUGCUCGUGAUGAGGAAGAUUUGACAACGCUUCCAAUGCCCUCAUCGUUUGACAUGCAUAAUUCACCGCCUAAGGUUGCUAGAUUCUUGGAACGCUACAGUGAUAAUACGAUUUUUCCACUUUCUGGUUCAGUUGGUGAAUAUCGGGGAGUCAGACUGCCUCGUAAAAGUAGAUUCAUAGUUCUUUCUGAAAAAUUCAAGAAAAUUUCUCUAUUUUCCUUUGUUACCAUCCUUGUGGUCUUAGUCAUUUAUAAUUAUAUAUCGGAAAAUGAAAAAGAACCAGUUAAACAGGAAAUCAAUCACAAUUCCGGAAUUGUGACUUCAAGAAGGAAGAAAAUUCGGAAGCCUGGUAGAAACAUCAGCCUUAUUGAGAAGAAUGAAAUAGAUUUUCCAGGUAGAAAACCUUGGUUUAAUUAUGAUCAACAAGAUGGACAUGGGCGUAUGAUUGGAAAAUUAUUCGUUUCCAAUAGGGAAAUCGCCAAAGGUAGCAACGGAACCAUUGUUCUCGAGGGACUAUACGAAGGUCGCGUGGUUGCAGUCAAACGGUUAGUAAGAGCUCAUCACGAUGUUGCCUUCAAGGAAAUUCAGAACCUUAUUGCAUCUGAUCGGCAUCCAAGUAUCAUCAGGUGGCAUGGCGUUGAGUAUGAUCAAGAUUUCGUUUAUCUUUCUCUGGAGCGUUGUAAUUGUAGCUUAAGCGAUCUGAUUGCGGCAUGCUGUAACUCUGAGAAACAACCUGCAAACUCUACUGAAUCUAUCUCAGACCAUAAUGAUGCCCUCUUGCCUUCUGCAAAUACCAUCUCCCAAGAUAUUAAAUUUUGGAAACCAAAUGGCCAUCCUUCUCCUAUAUUACUGAAAUUGAUGAGGGAUGUGGUUGCCGGGCUUGUGCAUUUACACGAUGUGGGGAUAAUUCAUCGUGAUUUAAAGCCCCAGAACGUCUUGAUUCUUAAAGAACGGAUUUUAUGCGCAAAGCUGUCAGAUAUGGGUAUCAGCAAAUCUCUUGUUGGCGAUAAGUCUUCCUUGGGUCAUCAAGCUACCGGAUCUGGAAGUUCUGGAUGGCAAGCUCCCGAACAGCUUCUCCAUGAACGCCAAACACGGGCAGUGGACAUGUUCAGUUUAGGGUCGGUCCUCUUUUUCUGCAUAACUGGCGGCAAGCAUCCAUUUGGCGAUCAUCUUGAACGUGAUAUCAAUGUUGUAAAGAACAAACCGGACCUUUUCUUAGUCGAGUACAUUCCAGAAGCUGCAGAUUUGUUAUCCCGUCUACUUAAUCCGAAAGCUGAUUUAAGGCCCAAGGCAAUAGAAGCCUAUCUUCAUCCUUUUUUCUGGAGCUCAGAGAUGCGGUUAUCUUUCCUUCACGAUGCUAGCGACCGUGUAGAGUUGGAAAACCGGGAGACAGAAUCAGCUCUUCUAAAAGCUUUAGAAAGUAGAGCAUCCGUCGCUCUGGGCUCGAAAUGGGACGAGAAGAUGGAACCGGAGUUUCUCAACAACAUUGGACGAUACAGACGAUAUAAAUUUAACAGCGUUCGUGACCUAUUACGUGUCAUACGAAACAAGUUGAAUCAUUACAGGGAACUUCCAACCCAAAUUCAGGAACUGUUGGGGCCGGUGCCUGAAGGGUUCGACAGCUAUUUCGCCACUCGUUUCCCCAAACUGGUUAUUGAGGUGUAUAAUGUGUUUUAUGCAUACUGCAGGGAAGAAGAAUGCUUUCAUAAAUACUUCAAAAUGCAAUAGAUUCUGUAUUAUUAUUGUGAACUAGUAAUAAUGUAUUAUAUAUGUAAAUUAAAGGUUUUCAAAUAAACUUAUUCAUAUUUGCAUUA